CCCCCGCCCACCCCGCGCCCCCGCCGCCGUUCGCCGCUUCCCCUCGUCGGAGCGGCCGCCCGCCCGUCCGAGGCCGCGGGGUGGGGGGGGCGGCCUGCCGGCGUCUUCGCGGCGAUCAAGGACGAUCGGGAAGGGGAGCGGCCGGGAUGGCGCGCCCGCGGCCCCGCGAGUACAAGGCGGGCGACCUGGUGUUCGCCAAGAUGAAGGGCUACCCGCACUGGCCGGCCCGGAUCGACGAGCUCCCGGAGGGAGCCGUGAAGCCUCCGGCGAACAAGUACCCGAUCUUCUUCUUCGGCACCCACGAGACCGCCUUUCUCGGCCCCAAGGACCUCUUCCCGUACAAGGAGUACAAGGACAAGUUCGGGAAGUCCAACAAGCGGAAAGGGUUCAAUGAAGGCUUGUGGGAGAUAGAAAACAACCCAGGAGUCAAGUUCACUGGAUACCAGGCCAUCCAGCAGCAGAGCUCCUCGGAGACGGAGGGGGAGGGCGGCAACACGGCGGACGCGAGCAGCGAGGAGGAGGGCGACCGGGUGGAGGAGGACGGCAAGGGCAAGAGGAAGAACGAGAAGGCCGGCUCCAAGCGGAAAAAGGCCUACGCCUCGAAGAAAUCCUCUAAACAGUCGCGGAAAUCUCCAGGAGAUGAGGAUGACAAGGACUGCAAAGAAGAGGAGAACAAAAGCGGCUCGGAGGGCGGGGACGCCGGCAAUGACACGAGAAACACAAGUUCAGACUCGCAGAAGACCAGCGAAGGGACCUAACCACCGCCACGGCGCGGCGUUGAGAGAAGCCGCCGAAAGGGCGUGCGUUUGCUUGUCUACUACUCGAUUCCGUGUGAGCCGACACGGCCCUCGUCGCCCCGACGCAGCCGCCGUGGGCGCCCACGUCACUCACAGUCCCCUCUGUCUGUGUUUAGGGAAAGGGAAGAAAAAGACGUUUUAGCCUUUUUUUAAGGUUGUUGAUUUAAUUUCAUGUUAUUUGGUUGCAUGAGGUUGCCCUUAACCACUAAGGAUUAUCAAGAUUUUUGCACAAACUUAAACUUGUGUCUAGGAUCCUUUUAUCAAGGCAGUUAUGUUCUUAACUCUCCUGCCUCUACUCCGCCAGCACCAGACACUCAGACGAAUACAAAUUUGCAUUUUAAAAAAGUGGCCAUUCCACACGAUGUGUGUCUCCUCUCUGCGGCAGAACCUGGGAGCCGGUCCCUAGACAGGCGAUGUUGGCGUAAUGGAAGAUGGAAUUGAAAACCGCUCUUCAUUUCUGAGGCCAUGUGUAAAGUUUAAUCACACUGUAAAAUAUCUAUUAUUCCGUAUUAGAAAUAGCCAGUUGACAGCUUACCCUUCUCAGAGGUCCUGUCGUCAUGUCCACAAACUCGGUUUCUCCAUGUGAAGUCAGUGAGUCCUUCUGUGUUCCUCCCACCUAAAGGCCACACUCCCCUCGGCCCCACUGCCACCCCGGUGGGAGCGCGUCCCUCAGCCUCUAGCGCUGGGGUUCAGCGGCAGCCCCACGGGAAACCAGACAGAGCGUCGGCCUUUAGGCAUGGGCUCUCCAGACGGCCUUGUUUUCUUUCGGAGUUAGAGUUAGAGUAGUUGCUCUCCACCCACGAUCCAUCAUUCUGUGUACAUUAUUGUUGCUCUUGUGAUAAUAGAGAAUUUUAUUUAUUUUUAUGCCAGCUUCUAUUGUGAGGACACAUUUAGUCAGUUUGGGUUUUCUCCUCAAUCCUGUUAUGCUUGUCCUUGGAACAUAUUUCGCGUACUCGAGGUUUGUAGUUGAAAAGUUUACUGUAAAAAAAAAAAAUCAAAAACAAAAAAAAUGUAUUGUUUUUACAGAAUAAAUUUAUUGGAAUGUGUACCUGGGAGUAAGAUUUGAGGUUGUAAACAGCUAAGUUAGUGUAAUUUGGCUUCAUAUAUGUAAUGUGAGGUAUUAAUGUAAUUCAUAUAUUAAAGCAAAAUUUGUUAACAGCAAGUUAACGAGAGA